AUGGCAUCCGCAAGGCCUUUGACCAUGAUUGUGGCUCGAAGCCGGCCGACCGCCAGGCUAUCGGGUGUCGCACGCACGUUUACUCCAGCUGCUGGUCCUCUUGUGGCAUUCUCGACGAGCCCUCUCCGCGCAUACGCUACUCCUUCGGGGCCACCACCACCUGGGUUUCGACUGCCAGCCCCUAGAAAAUGGGAUGAAGAUACAGAAUCGGCACUGGACAAGGCGGGGAAGUACUUCCUCCUGGCCGAGAUGAUGAGGGGCAUGUAUGUAGCGUUGGAGCAGUUCUUCAGGCCUCCUUAUACAAUCUACUACCCAUACGAGAAGGGUCCCAUCUCUCCGCGUUUCAGAGGCGAGCAUGCCCUACGGCGAUACCCCACGGGCGAAGAACGCUGCAUUGCCUGCAAGCUAUGUGAAGCGAUCUGCCCCGCUCAGGCAAUCACAAUCGAAGCCGAGGAACGUGAAGAUGGCAGCAGACGAACAACCCGCUACGAUAUUGACAUGACCAAGUGUAUUUAUUGUGGUUUCUGUCAAGAGAGCUGCCCCGUCGAUGCCAUCGUCGAGUCACCGAAUGCCGAAUAUGCCACAGAAACAAGAGAAGAGCUGUUGUACAACAAGGAGAAACUUCUUGCGAAUGGCGACAAGUGGGAGCCGGAACUAGCCGCAGCGGCUAGAGCAGACGCUCCUUAUAGAUGA